AUGGUUCGAACAAGAAACCAAGCCAAUAAUGAUUCAAUUGUUCCACUUAUAGUUCUCGAAAAACGACACCGAUUUGUUACCUUGAUGUUCUUGCAAGUCCCGAGCGAUUCAAAAUUGACCCAGACGCCUCUUUCUCAUCAUGGUGGGCGUCAACAGCAAGCCCAAGUGCCUCCACCCGCUGCACCCAAACCUGAUUUCUCUGUUGGGAUUUUCCCGGGAGAACUCGAUGAUGAUCCAUCUCCACAUUUUAAUAUCAAACAGCCUUUCUCUCCAUUUCAUGCAUCGAGUGAAAAUGAAUUUCUAGCACAUCCUGGUAGUCCACCACAGGCUCUAAAAAAUCUCGAGCGCAAACGACAUGGUCGGUCUUAUGCGGUUCCUGUCGAGGAACGAUUGAAGGGCUACUUGCACUUUGAGAAUGAUCAAUUGGUUCGCUUCGAUUCAUUACACCAUCGAGCCUUCCGCAUCUGCCAAGGUACUCUUCCAGCAUCACGCGUGUUGUCUCUGAGGACAGAACUUCUGCAGUUUUUGCUAGAGGUCUCUGAUGGUCAGGAUAAAAAACCAGCUUCAACUUUGGCUUUUGAAGGGGCAUACCUUAAUCUAAGAGAAAUCCCUGAAUUGGACUUCUCUUUUUCUGAAUCUGGAGAUGCAAAUGUGGAAGUUAAAAAGGAGAAAGAUUUGAUGGCUAAAUCUGAAACGAUGUUGGUUCAGAAAAUCAUUGAUGCUCUUGUUCAUGUUCUUGAUAAGAACGCCCCCAGAACAUAUGGGUCUGCAAGCAAUGGUGACGCUAAAUCUAUUGAAGCAUGGCCUUCAGCAAAGGACAUGAGAUAUCUGUUUGAGUUUAUUGCAUGCUAUGUUGUAAGUGGAAGAGCUAAAAUCCCAAAAACUGUUCUAAAUCAGAUUUUGGAAUACUUCACUUCAGAAAAUUAUAGUUCGCCAAGUGUUUCUACCAUGAGUACUGAAAGCUACAAAAAAAGAGAGAAGCAAUUGUUGUCACGUUUGGCUGUAGUUCAGAAACUGAUUGGGAUCAGUCUUAUGUGUUACAAUUAUGUGAGAAUGCAUGCUUUUACCAGGCAUCAGUAUCUUGCUGCUCUCGAUAGCUAUAUGAAAGAUGUGGAAGAGCCAAUCCAUGUCUUCGCUUUUAUCAACAAUAAGUUAACGCGACUGUGCAAUGGAGAUUAUGCUACUUUCAAAUCGUCAUUCAUCUCUCGAAUCCAGAGUUUAGAGGACACAUUCUUGUUAGUUGUUGGCCAUUUUAAUGAUGAAAGUUCACGUAUCCUGUCUGAAAUUAAGUCUCAUCCAAAAAACCUUUUCCUUUACUUAAAGACGGUCAUUGAGGUUCACUUAUCAGGCAUCCUCAACUUCUCUUAUUCAAGGGAAGAGAAGAUUGUAGAUGUCUUGAGUGGAAAAGGGGCGAAAGAUUCAGAAAAAGAACAUGGAAUCAUAGAUGCAGCUGCAUUUUUAUUAGAAAGGGUUGGUGAUGUCGGUAGUGCUCUUUUGUUUACACUUUCUAGCCUUAAUGAUAAAUUUGCAGAGCUUGAUACUGCCAUCGGAAGUAUGGUCUCUAAGGAGCCUUUAGGUACAUCUGGCAUGGUGUAUUUCAACUAUGUUUUGAAAAUGGAGGUGAAUGACAUACGAACUUUGUUGCAAGCUUGUAUUGAAUUGUGCCAGCGGAAUAUCCCCUGUUUGAAUCCAGAAGAGUCUGAGAUGCUUUGGUUUAGAUUACUUGAUUCGGCACCCGAAAAGGAAAAUCAUGUGGGUCUGGUUGAAUCAUUGGGUUCUCAAGACGAAGAGGAAUGCCUAAUCAAGUGGAGGAUCCCAAAAUCUCAUAAAGGUGGUCCUAUAUUGAGGAAAUUUUUUUCUCAGUUCAUCAAAGAGAUUGUUGUGGGUAUGAUAGGAUAUGUUCGUCUUCCAACAAUUAUGUCAAAACUCCUAUCUGAUCAUGGUGGCCAGGAAUUUGGAGAUUUCAGGCUUACCAUAUUGGGAAUGCUAGUAACUUAUGGCUUUGAAAGAAGAGUUCUGGCUACCGCCAAAUCUGUGAUCGAAGAUGACACAUUUUACACCUUGAGCCUACUGAAGAAGGGAGCUUCACAUGGCUAUGCCCCACGAAGUUUACUUUGUUGUAUAUGCAACAACCUUCUUACAAAGAAUUCUUCUAGCUUUCGUGCUCGGGUUUUCAGUUGUGGUCACACAACUCAUCUUCAAUGUGAGCUGCUGGAAAAUGAGGCAUCAACUAGGGGCUUGUCAUUUGGAUUCCCUGUUUGUUUGCCUAAGAAGAAUACUCAUAAAUCUAGAAACAAAUAUGCUCUUACAGAGAAUGGUUUAGUUAGUUCAUUGCCCGCAAGACACCUCCCAGCACAAGGAUCAACAUUGCAUCCUCACGAAAACGAUGCCCUAGAUAAUUCUCAUGACCUUCAGCAAAUAUCACGGGUAAAAAAUCUAUAUCUGCCUAUCAGAUUUGAUUGCUACUUCAGUCGGCAGGGAAAUAACUAUACUGAAUUCGGAAUUUUGCAGUUCGAAAUUCUAACUAACCUUCAAAAAGACCAGAGAUUAGCCCAGAUAGAAAAUCUGCCUCAGUUAAGGCUUGCACCCCCUGCUAUUUAUCAUGAAAAAGUGAAGAAAGGAAGUGGAGCUUUAGCAGGGGAAAGCAGCAGUCAAGUUGGUGCAAUCCAAAAACCAAGUAAAAGCAGGCAACUGAAUGAGCUAAAGUUGAAGGGAUCAUCUCUCAGAUUCCCCCUAAAAUCAAGCAUAUUUGGUGAGUUCAGUUCAGUUAUUACUGAUGCUCUACUUAUGAGUUUAUUCCCUCUAUGGUAA